CGAACCGUGAGCCGCUGGGCGCAGGCGCGGUGGUGGCGGCGGCGGCGGCCACCGCUUGUCUCCCAUCAGUCCCUGCGGGAGGCGGACAGCGGCGCUAGGGCUGCAGGCCGAGUAUGUCGGAGAAGAAGCAGCCGGUGGACUUGGGGCUCCUGGAGGAGGACGACGAGUUUGAGGAGUUCCCGGCCGAAGAUUGGACGGGUUUAGAUGAAGAUGAAGAUGCACAUGUCUGGGAAGACAAUUGGGAUGAUGACAAUGUUGAAGAUGAUUUCUCCAAUCAGUUAAGAGCUGAAUUAGAAAAACACGGCUACAAGAUGGAAACCUCAUAGUUUUUCCUGACUAUGGAGUGGUUUAACAUUGAACUGUGGAUAGACUGUAUUGAGGAAAGGAGAAAAGCUGGAAAAUGAGACAACGCAGUUAAUUCAUUACCUGCUUGGAUUUAUUAUUGUUUUGUAUAAAAAAUAAAGUUUUUAAUCUUAGUCUAGUCAUAUGUUCAGACUUCACUAAGCUGAUAACUUGUGGGGUUUUUUGUUCUGGAAUGCCUUGUGUGACAGAAUUCAUGGAGUUACCUAGAGUGCUACUAAAGCUUCUUCAGUGGCUGGUGGUAUUACACCAGCUCCCAUCGUGGAGAACCAAAAAAGCAUUACCAGAGUGAAGACAAGUGAAUGUUUCUGUCACAGGGAGUGUGGAGAUGUCAAAAAGAAAUAAAAUACUCAUGUAUUCCAAUUAAAA